AUGGACAAUUCUUCGAAUUUUGACUCAACUUCUUCUGUGGAUCAAAAUGAUCAUUCAGUCAGUGAAACCCCUGAGUACUCGCCGUUCAGCGGUGAUUCUUUCGCGUAUUGUCGGAGUAAUUCUGAGGCUUCGAGCUUAUCUGAGGCUGUUGAUGAUAAUAGUUAUGCUAGUGACCCUUCGCCUUCUCCGUGGAUGAGUGUGAAACAUGGAGCUGUUCUUUCGAGGUUAGGAAUGAAGCAGAGAAAGCAUUCAUUGGAUGGUAAAUCUGAUGAUUUGGACAUCUUGGAAUCAGAGCUUGAAAUGAUGAAGGAAAGAUUUUCUAAGCUGCUUUUGGGGGAAGAUAUGUCUGGUGGUGGUAAAGGCGUUUGUACUGCUGUUACAAUAUCAAAUUCCAUUACUAAUCUCUAUGCAACUGUAUUUGGACAUAAUUUGAAGUUGGAGCCUCUAAAGCCUGAGAAGAAAGCUAUGUGGAAAAGAGAAAUGAAUUGUCUUAUGUCUGUGUGUGAUUACAUAGUAGAAUUUGCACCAACUGCACAAUACUUGGAUGAUGGCACAAUUAUAGAGAUGAUGACAAGUAGACCAAGGUCAGAUAUUUACAUCAACCUUCCAGCUCUACAGAAGCUUGACACAAUGCUCAUAGAAAUAUUUGAUAGUUUCCAGGAUACUGAAUUCUGGUAUGCAGAACAAGGGAGCAUAUCAGGAAGCUCAAACCACAGUUCGCAUUCAAACGCAGGCUCUCAUUCGAAUGCAGGCUCGUUUCGGAUCAUUGCUCAAAGAAAAGACGAGAAAUGGUGGUUGCCAGUUCCUUGUGUUCACACUGGCGGCAUCUCUGAUAAGUCGAGAAAGCAUUUGAUUGAGAAAAGAGAUUGUGCUAAUCAAAUCCAUAAAGCAGCCAUGGCAAUAAAUAGCAGUGUUCUAGCUGAGAUGGAUAUUCCAGAAACUUACAUGGCAAAUCUUCCUAAGAGCGGACGAUCAAGUCUAGGGGACACGAUUUAUCGGUACAUGCAUUCUACAGACAAGUUUUCGCCCGGAAACCUUCUCGACUGUCUCAAAAUAACUACUGAACACGAAGCACUUGAACUAGCGGAUAGAGUUGAAUCAUCGAUGUACACAUGGAGACGAAAAGCUUGCUUAAGCCAUUCGAAAUCAUCAUGGAACAAAGUAAAAGCUCAUAUGGCUGACACUAAUAUAAAUGACAAAAACUAUGUCUUAGCCGAAAGAGCCGAGACUUUGUUGUAUUUCUUGAAACAAAGAUAUCCUGAGCUUUCACAAACUUCCUUGGACACAUGCAAGAUUCAAUACAAUCAGGAUGUAGGGAAAGCAAUACUAGAAAGUUACUCAAGAGUAUUAGAAGGUUUAGCAUUCAAUAUUGUUGCAUGGAUUGAAGAUGUUCUUUGUGCAGAUAAAUCUAUGAGGAACUAA